GUAACGUUUGUUUUUAUUGUGAUUAAUAACUUAAUUAUCAAUGUAAAAUGUUACUACAAAUUAUUUGCGAUUUUAAGUGAUUAAUUUUAUAAGAAAAUUAAUCGGACAUGUCUGAACAUCAACUGGAUAUUCACGAAACUGAUUUGAUAUCAAAUGAUUCUGAAAAUGAUUGUUCCCAAAGUGUUUGCUCUGAUACUCACAGUGACAACACCUCAGCAUCCGGAUUAACUGAUAAGAGCACCCUUUCUGAGUCUACUAUACACCCUGUAUCAGGUGGGAGCGAUGGCGACAAUUCUGUGAGCCGCUCCGCUAUCUCACCAGGGCCAGAUUCAAAAUUAAAUUUUACAACAGUUGUAAACAGAGGUAUAGUUUUACCAUGGGGUGCUCAAAAAGAAAGGAGUGUUAGCACAGGACAACACCUAGAAAUGGACUUGAGACCAGGAGAAUUUGUGAUGAGAAACCUUUUCUCGAAUUUCACUAUUAUAGCUGAAAAAAAGAUUGAAUUGGUUAUGACUGAAUCACAAGAAAAACCUUUGUCUAAAUCAUUACAAAGAGGAGAAGAUGCACAAUUCGAUCAAUUACUUAGUGCUUUUGGUUCCGUAGCAGAGCACUGUUUACCAUCUCUAUUAAGGGCUUUAUUUUCUUGGUAUGAAAGACAAAUGUCUGAGGUCUCUAAUCAAGAGCAGAAAAAAUCAGAUAUUAAACAGAAAAGCAUUAUAAAUAUAGUGGCAGGAAAUACUACAGAGACUGUCGAAAGAUCCGAAGCUGACAUACAGAAAGAAAAGAGAGAUCUUUCUGUUGAAUUUAUUUUUUGUUUGGUAUUAAUAGAAGUCUUAAAGCAAAUGGGAUUACAUCCAGGACAUGAGGAUUUAGUCCAAUACAUCGAAAAUUUAGCGCUGAAACAUUUUAAGCACCAUGAAGGAAUACAAAACAGCCCUAAUAGUGCGAAUAUUCACAUGAUAUCCGAUUUAUAUGCCGAAGUAAUAGGAGUACUGGCACAAUCCCGUUUUAUGUCUGUGAGAACACGAUUUAUGACGGAAUUAAAAGAACUGAGAUCAAAAGAAUCGAGUCCAAAUACAACACAGAGCAUUAUAAGCUUGUUAAUGGGCAUGAAAUUUUUCCGCGUGAAGAUGGUGCCUAUUGAGGAAUUCGAGGCUUCGUUCCAGUUCAUGCAGGAAUGCGCCCAAUACUUUCUAGAAGUCAAAGAUAAGGAUAUUAAGCACGCUCUGGCUGGGCUGUUUGUUGAAAUUUUGGUGCCCGUUGCUGCAGCGGUCAAAAAUGAAGUAAAUGUACCGUGUUUGAAGAACUUCGUGGAAAUGCUUUAUUCGCAAACAUUAGAUGCUAGCACAAAAAAUAAGCACCGUUUGGCCCUAUUUCCUCUAGUUACCUGCCUACUCUGCGUAAGUCAGAAACAGUUUUUCCUGCAAAAUUGGCAUUACUUCCUAGCCAUGUGUCUUUCCCAUUUGAAAAAUAGGGAUCCGAAGAUGUGCCGGGUGGCCUUAGAAUCCCUGUAUCGUCUUCUGUGGGUGUACAUGAUAAGAAUUAAAUGCGAAAGUAAUUCCGCAACGCAAUCUCGACUUCAAAGCAUCGUGAACUCUCUAUUUCCGAAGGGUUCCAAAGGCGUAGUCCCUAGGGAUACACCCUUAAAUAUAUUUGUGAAGAUAAUACAAUUCAUAGCACAAGAGCGAUUGGAUUUUGCUAUGCGCGAGAUAGUCUUCGAUUUACUAUCUGUUGCUCGUCCUUUCAAAGUUAUUUUAACGCCGGAGAGAAUGAGCAUCGGCCUUAGAGCCUUCCUGGUAGUGGCAGAUAGUCUUCAACAAAAAGAGGGCGACCCGCCCAUGCCGAGAUCCGUGGGAGUUUUACCCAGCGGGAAUACGUUGAGAGUUCGAAAAACGUUCUUGAACAAAAUGCUGACUGAAGAUACUGCUAGAAGUAUAGGAAUGAACGCUUAUUUCCCGCAUGUACGCCGAGUAUUCGUAGACAUACUGCGAGCAUUAGAUACUCAAUAUGGUCGACCUUUAAUGAUGACCAAUACUCAAAAUGUUAACAAAGAACCCGAUGAAAUGAUUACAGGCGAAAGAAAGCCUAGAAUAGAACUGUUUAGGACCUGCGUCGCCGCUGUUCCGAGAUUAAUACCAGACGGUAUGACUAGUGCUGAACUCGUUGAUCUACUGAGUCGUCUUACCGUUCACAUGGACGAAGAAUUAAGGGGCCUAUCGUAUUGCAGUUUGCAAAGUUUAGUGGUGGAUUUUCCUGAUUGGAGACAAGACGUUUUGUGGGGAUUAACCCAAUUUGUCGCUAAAGAAAUACUGGACACGUUCCCACAACUAAUGGACCAUGGAUUGAAAAUGAUUUUAACGUUACUGUGCGCAUGGAAAUCAGCCGUCACCGGCAUUAAUACGAGCGCUUUUUCAUCAGCUACAUUAAGAAGUAAAGAAUAUAAUGAAUUAAAAGCUGGUCCUCCUGAUCCUAAUCUAACUAAGCGCACCGAUACGAGUAAAUCAGAACCUCUGGCAUCGGUUCUACACUUAGUAGAAGCCCUAGCAUUGGUUAUGCUUUGCACAUACAGAUUAACCACCAGACGAUUAUCUGUGCUAAUCUUGAAAGAAGUGAAAAGUCUUUUGAAAACCCUAAAUUGUUCUGAACACCCACCUGUUAUUGAUAUCAUGGACCAAUACUGUCCGCAAGUUGUGGAAAAAUGUUUGCCGCUACUGCCGCCUGCAGAAAAAACGGCUAUUCAAUCCGUCGGUACGAUAGACUUGCAAUGGCUAGCAGAUAGAAGUUCUUCAGCAUGGACUGCCGGUUUAUUUGAAGAUGGAUCCAUAAAAAACGCGGCUAAUUACACGUUUUCUAUAGUAGACCCGUGGAGUGUGUGUUAUUUUGGAUUUUUGGAGAGGGACAGACUGCUAAGCCUGUGUACCCUGAUGACAAUGCAUUCGUGGCCCAUUGUUUAUACUCGAUUGAAUGCACUAUAUUCUGUUGUGGAUCCUACUCCAUUAAACGACAACAGAGCUUCGUUAUUAAGAAGCGCUACGGCCGUUAAGAAACCUCCUACAGAAAGGGACGCUUAUAUGCAUUUAUGGAAGAAUUACAUUACUUUCGCAUUUAGAGUUGUUCCUCUUAUAUCCAAUCCGAUUGUCAGGUGUGCCAGUCCAGACCUUAGUUUAAGUUCUUCCCCCGAUAGUUUGAGUGCCGAAAAAAGCGAUAGUAAAAUGCCCGCCACCAACAUUUCGCCGGUAUCACUGUACAAACUGAUAGUUCCACAUUUAAGAUGCGAAGUUACCGACAUUAGAGACGCUGCCGUAUACGCUUUGGGAAACAUAAACGGUUCUGCACUGAGGGAUUUGUUCGAGGAGCUAACUGUGUAUAUAAGAGAAGCUGUAGAUAAGAAGCAGGAGAACGUUAGACGAAGACGUCGUAGGGACGCUCUAAGACUGCAAUUGACAAGACUGUUGGAAUUCAUAGCCGAUAACGGAACGUUUAGUAUAAGUACCUGCGUGUUAGAAAGGGACUCGCAAUCGCUGUUACCAGUUUUGGUCGAAUUUAUAGACGGCGUUAGAUAUUAUCUCGAAAAUGAGCCGGAUAAAAAUUCUACCACUGUAAGAGAUUUGACGAUGCAUUUUUGCUAUUUUAUUAGGAAGAUGAUAAAAAAUUUCACUUUGGACGCCUGUAGAAGUCUCCUCAAACGCGAUUUGAGAAGGAACUUGUUCACAUUAUUGGGAAAUUGGGCUGGUAAAUACGCGUUUCCAAUAGGAAAAACCGGGGUUGAAGGGGAUAUGAACAACAAAAAACACUUGGAACUACAACAAAUAGCUUUACAAGCGAUGAGUUCUCUUUUAUGCUGUGGACCUUGUUUUGAUUCGCUCACCGAAGAAAGUUCGUACUAUUUGUGGAUUGAUGGAUUGCUUAAUAGUUCAGAUGAAAAGGUGUACAGUUUAGCUCAAGAAACCGUCGUUUUAUUACUCGAAUCGAAUCCUGACGUUUCGCCCUUAUUAGACUGGGUAGUCGAUAAAUGUUACACUGGGGCAUCGAAAGUUGCCGAUAGCUGCUUUAUCGCUUUAGCUACUAUUUUUAGUGCAAGAGAAUACCCGUGUGAUCACUAUACAGCAAUCAUUAAUGUUACUCUAAUGAACACCGGGUGUCCCAGGCAAGUGGUUAGGGACACUGCUUUACAAUUACUUCAAUUAUUAGACAAGCGUUUCUUUGGUUGCAUAGGACCUUUGGCCGAAAAUGACCUCGCCGAAGGAGACAAAGGACGAAGUACAUUAGACGCCAUACUUGCCACGACAUACUGUAGAUCGCAAAUUCAUUUAUCUCGUCAAUUAUCGUUAUUGCAUCCUGAACUUACGAUGCCCAUGUUUUCGGAAAUAACGUACAGGUUUCAAACGGCAAGACCAGAAGUGAGGCAAUUGUUGCUGCAGUAUUUGUUACCUUGGCUGCACAAUAUGGAAUUAGUUGAUCCCAACAUUCCUCAUACAAAUAAUACGCACAAUAUUUAUCAGUUUUACUCUAAUGAAAUGGGUUCAGAGCGCAAGGAAGGCUGGGGGUCUGCGGAAGCAACAGAAAUGGUCCUGAAUAAUAUUUUUUAUAUUACAACAAAGUUUGGUGACAGUCAUCCAAAAGAAAUAGAAGAAGUUUGGGCAACACUUUGCACAUCCUGGCCGAAUAAUAUGAAAGUGAUAAUUCGAUAUUUAAUAAUAGUUUCCGGAAUGGCCCCUUGCGAACUUUUACCCUACGCGAAAAGAGUGGUGUUAUAUCUUGCUAGAAUACAAUCAGUGAGAUUACUUGAUGAAAUGAUGGUGGAAUUACAAACAGUCGAAACCUUAAACUGUCUUAUAGAAAGAACUGAAACACCACCGUUUUAUCGCUUGACUGUUAUGAGAAAGGCUUCCAGCCAUUCCGACGGCACAAAUGGCGUUGCUGGUCAAACUGAUUCUAGCAGUAGAAAUGAUUUAAGCAUUGAAAAGGGUACAAUACACACCAAAAGGCACAGCGGUGAAGAUCCAUCCAAAACGUCCGUUAGUAAGUCGGAUUCGGGUACUAACAUCUUCUCAGAUUUUGCCAUGUCCCGUCCAGAUAAAGCGAAAAAUCCGGAAGAAAUGAUAGGGGCAUUGGAAGAGGUUGCUGUUGAAGAAGACGUGUUACUAAGGGAUAAAGUUACCAUACCGUUACCCCAACCACACCCUUUGCCUAUGCCUGAGUUUGGAGGUUAUUUCGCUCCGCUGACGGAAUAUUUACCCGACAGUUCUCAACCGAUAUCAGGAUUUCAUAGAUGCAAUGUCGGAGUAAUGUUGCUAUGUGAUAUUGUUGUCGAUGGAAUCGAACUCGAUUGGACCAUACACGUACCACUAAUGCUUCAUAUUUUAUUCUUAGGCUUGGACCACACUCGUCCGUUAGUUUAUCAACAUUGUAAACAGUUGUUGCUUAAUUUGUUGAUUGUCUUAGCUUUGCAUAACGACCACCUAACGGUUGCUCAUAUUUUACUUAACAGUAAAACCAAGCAACUGGAAUUGGGUUUGAGUACGCCAACUUUGUCUACUGUGGUCGAACACACUUUUACCGAAUCGAAUCCAACUUUAAACGAGUUUUUAUUGAAUCACUUCGGUUCCAAUUCGAACGCAGAAGCUGCAAAUAAAGUUCCCACGCAAACACUACCAGCUAUAAAAACAGAGGAAAUAGCUGAAGAAAAAGAAUCGGUUAUUCCCCAAGUUGUAGUAGUACCGGAAAAUGUGGAACCACCACCAGUAACUAAGAUAGAACUCACCGUUUCGGUAAUAAUAAAAUCUCUCAUACAGUUUCUCGCAACGCGCCAAAAUUCUUCCUUAUGGAACUACGAGGACAUUACCGCCAAAGUUUGGUCGAUCAAAAGUUUCGAACAAAUCGACAUCUUCAUGCAGUACAUCCUUAAAGUUUUCAGAGAAUCUUUACCGAAUGCUCAUAUUAAUGAAAGAUGGGCGCAGACAGCUCUGCAAUUGGGCCUGAGCUGCUCGUCCAGACAUUACGCCGGCAGAUCUUUGCAAAUUUUUAGAGCGCUCAGAGUUCCCAUUACAUCGAGGAUGUUGUCCGAUAUUUUAAGCAGGCUAGUCGAGACUGUCGCUGAACAAGGCGAAGACAUGCAAGGUUACGUGACUGAAUUAUUAUUGACUCUUGAAGCAGCGGUCGAGUCUCUCGAAUCCGAUUUUCGUCCACUCGAUUUUAUGAAGGAUUUCUUUAAAUCCACGCCUAAUCUUAACAACAAAGACGCCAAUCGCAAAAAUGCCGAAGGUUCUCCGGUGAAUUUGGCCGGCACUCCGGUGUUUUAUUCACCUAUUAUAGGACACGCUAGGAGUACCAGUUAUUCAGUUUCUUAUGCGUUUAGGAAGAAUGCGCAGUCUACUACUGAUGUGAAAGAGCGAAAUAGGCACGGAAGCGAAACGGAUCAUAGGAAUGCUAUGAAUAAAUUUGCGCCUAAUAAUCUUUCAAGGUCUAGAUCGGCCCAAAGUUUAAAAAUGUUGGGAGAUACGGCCACCCAGGACGACAAACUGACAAUUUUAGCUCAGCUUUUCUGGUUGGCCGUUUCGCUUUUGGAAUCCGAUUACGAGCACGAGUUUCUGUUGGCCAUCAGGCUGCUCGCCAGCGUUAUGCACAGGUUACCGUUGGACCGGCCCGACGCUCGAGAUAAAGUCGAAAAACUCCAAUCUCAAUUGAGGUGGAAUUCAUUCCCCGGCGUGCACGCUUUGUUACUGAAAGGUUGCACGCAUCCGAACAUCUACGAACCGGUCGUGGCUCUUCUCUCGCAUUUCACACCUUUAUUAAACUUUGUCGUCGUUGAUCCGUCUCAAAGCAUAGCGUUCCCUAUGAAUGUUAUAGCCCUACUUCCUUACAUGCUGUUGAAUUACGAAGAUGCUAAUGAGCUUUGCGUUAGGGCGGCUGAUAAUAUUGCUCAGGUGAGUCACGAAAAGAGCAAGAAAUUGGAGAACCUCGGCACGGUGAUGAGCCUUUACAGCAGGAGAACGUUUAGCAAGGAGAGCUUCCAAUGGACGAAAUGCGUUGUGAAAUAUUUACACGAUACGUACUCGCAUUUGAGCUUGAACAUGCUGUCGUUUCUGAUAGAAAUUUUAGAAAAAGGACCCAGCAAUUUGCAGCUACCGAUUUUGAAUAUAAUCCACUGUAUUUUACAUUACGUCGAUUUGGCAACGGCGGCGGCCCAACCGGUCAACGCCGAUCUAUUGAAAGCUAUCGUGAAAUACAUCGACGGUCCUAAUUGGAAAGAGGCGCUGAAAAUAUUGAAAUUAGUCGUCAGUAGAUCCAGCUCGUUGGUGGCGCCUCCCAUAACUAUUCAUUCCCAUUGGGAAAGCUCGUUGACGCCGAUGCCUCAUCCUUCGUUUAACGAAGAUAAUAUUUUUUCCAAAAAAGAAUUGCCGGGUAGGACGAUGGAAUUUACGUUCGAUAUGUCGCAAACUCCGGUGAUCGGUAGAAGGUAUCUGCACAAAACCGAUGAAACAGCGGCAUCGAAAACCGCUUCUACGCCAAGGAGAUCUUGUUCCAUAAGUCCAGCCGAUGCAUCGCCUCAGUCUGGUUGGAAGAGACCUUGGAUGUCUCAGGGACGAGUUCGAGAAUGUUUGGUUAAUCUAUUGACGACGUGUGGACAACGUGUUGGUCUACCCAAGAGUCCAUCGGUUAUAUUUAGUCAGACUUCUGACAUCAUCGAAAGGCAAUCCAGUAUGGCUUCCAGUACAGAAGAAGUAUCGGCCGGUAACAACGACAUGAGCGGUGGAUCCAGACGAGACGACGCCGCUACGGAGUUUGGCGUGUUUAAAGAUUUCGAUUUCUUGGAAUACGAAAGCGAAAGCAUCGAGGGUGAAAGUACAGAUAAUUUUAAUUGGGGCGUAAGGCGUCGACCAUUGAGCCAAGGAGAGGACGAUCAAGCGCAACUAAAACAGCUAGAGGAUAGUGUCAGUGAAAAAACGCCUGUACUAACAGUAAGAAAGGUACACGUCUGUCCUUUUGAUCAUAAUAGGUUACUGACAGAAGAAUCGUCCGAUGAUGAAGUCGGUUCGGAAUCUCCAUUAGACGAAAUUGCUAUUGCUCCAGAUUUCGACAAUAGCAUGAUGGAAAAUAGCGCAAUGUUUCCUCCAUCAUCGUUGGCAUUGCGGGAGAAUAACUCGCAGGUCCAAUCUGGUGCUAGGUCCGAUACUAGCGGUUCCAGUUCGGGCGAUUUGGGCGAAGUAACACCUUGCAAUGCUUCGCCUAAUUUAUCCACUUUGAUCAGCAUGAGACCUAUAUCGAAGUGUGACGUCUUAGAGAAUUGGAUUACUUACAUUCAAAGUAACAUGUUGCAAACACCGGCGAACACAUUGCAAUUUUUCCACCAGUUUCAAAAACUUGUAACGGAAAUUUGUUCAUCCGCUUUCGAGGUAACUAAAGAAUCUUGCUCGUAUAUGUCUCAAUCAUCUGUGAGCGGAUUGCCAACGAUUAAACUCAUCGGCUCGAGGUUGCUGUCUCUAGUUGAUUUCGUUAACAGUCGACUUAUAGUUACAAAUUUGAUUUGGUUCAAUACAUCGGCAAUUAGCAAUUCCAGGUUUAUUGAAACGCUAAAAUACGGCAUGUUGGAAGUACAAGAGCAUUUGGAAACUUUCUGCGAUAAGAAAGAACAAGCCGGCAUGUUUUGCGACGCCGUGAAAACCACUUUGAAAUUGGAGAAAUUAGGCGGGCAACCGACGGGCGAAUUCCAUCACGAACAGUAUUUACUGGAACUCGGCAAGGCGCUGUACAAACUCUAUUUCCAAUUACUGCUUUUGAUCGAAUCUGGAAAUAAAAUGUUGUCGACGUUACAAAACAUCCUCAAAGGCGCAGAAUUUAAGGACGUGACAGGCGACAUAAUAUUAAUUCGAAACGCUUUAACGCGAGCCUACGAAGACACGGACGCCGACGGUGGAAUAUCCUCCAGCAUCGCCGGUAGCGUUAGUUCCGAAAAUCUCUUGAUUAACUUGUGCAGGUUAAUCGAAAAUGAAAAAUGGACUUCGGUUAUACUCUACUUCAAAUGCAACAAGGACGAGUUUAUCAAGGAAUUCGAGGAGUUGUGCGAUAAGGAGAACGAUGUCGUGUCUAUUUUGAACAUCUAUUGCAAGAAAUUAGUGUGCGACAAACCUGAAUACUUUGUGAUAUUCAACCAGCAAUCGGACCUGGCCGACGUAUACGGAAGACUGUUUCAAGUAUCAGCAGCUGUUUCAGAUCUUGAAAGUAACAUAAAAGAGCAACCGAACAAAUCGAGUGAAACUUCUAAUACUUAAUAAAUUAAAAUCAUUACACAUAGGAGCAAUAAAGUAAUAAUACAAUUUAAGAGUAAAAUAAUGUUAUGAGUAGUUAAAUAAUCAUCGUUUAUAGCCUGUGAGAAGAAACUUGUGACAUUUUUUUUGUGCAUAAGUGAUACAAAAAUUACGUUUAUAUUUUAUUCUUCAUUCUCAUAUCAUAUUUAUCUAUUUCUUCAUUAGUUUCAUUAUGAAAGAUGUCCAGUUAAAAUCACAGCGGCUUUUAAGUAAACUGGCUGUAUGCCAUGCCGAGUAAUAGAGAGUUUUCAAUAUAACAUGGUCCUAUUAUGUUUAUUAUUAUUAUGAAAAUAUUGAAAUUAUUUAUCUAUUUGUCAAAUGAUAAACCAAACAUACAGUGAUAUAUUAUUGUAUGUUAUAUUAUUACUUCUAAUUUUUCUAUAUUUAUCUUCUAAUUAAAUAUUUAUAGCCAAUUUGUAAUAUUAGAUCAAUAAUU